AUGGAUUCAACAAACGUCACUUCUACAUUAAUAACUCAGCCGAAUGCCACCGAACCAACGGAUUUCUGUGUUGUUUGUGGUGACAAAGCUAUCGGAAAACAUUACGGAGCCGUAGCGUGUAACGGAUGCAAGGGAUUUUUCAGACGAAGUGUUUGGCAGAAUCUACAAUAUACGUGUCGUUUCAAUCAGCAGUGUAAUAUCGAUAAGGAUCAUCGUAAUGCUUGUCGCUACUGCCGUUUUCAAAAGUGCUUAGCCGAUGGAAUGAAACCUGAAGCAAUUCAAAAUGAACGAGAUCGGAUCGGAAGCACAAAACGCAGUCGUAAACGCUCUCUUCCAUCCCAUUUGCAGCCAACUUCGACCAGUGUUGAUGGUCCAAGUGAUUCAGAUGAUGGACCGUCGCCAUUGAGAAUAGAACGACGUUUAGAGGAUGAUGCGAGCACAACAACAGCAUCGAAACGCUUAAUUGAAAUGAUUGUCGAUAUCGAAAGUCGGCUGCAAGGCAAUCAGAAUAUCAAUUCGAUAUUGCGAGGUGAGGAGCCAGAGGUCAACUCGAGACAGCGAACCAUAUCGACUAUGAUCGGUUGGGCAAACAUGUUGCAUCCUUUAUCUGAAUUACCAUUCACUGACAAGGUUCUUGUACUGAAGUAUUCAUCGGCAGCAUUUGCAUUAUUGCAUACCGUACAACGUUCUCUAUGUUCACCACACAUUUUACUGCCAAACGAUACAUAUUUAACGUUGAACACAUUCAAUAAUCCCGAUCUCAUAACCAGAUUUCACAACGAACUACUAUCACCGUUGCGUGCGAUCAGUGUUGAAAAGGCUGAAUUAGCUGUGCUCAAGGCCUUACUGAUAAUGCAUCCUGAUGUUAGCGGUAUCAGUAGUACAUCCCGCGAGAGACUGCGCGAGGCGCGUGACGGCAUACUACGAGCGUUGUUCAAUUAUCUUACUCAAAUAGUGGUGGUGCCGUGUGAUGCGGCAUUGAGACUGAGCAAUUUGUUGAUGAUAAUACCAUCGUUGUUCUCGAUAUCGCAACAGUUAGUCGACAAUGUUCAACUGGGAUCGUUGUUUGGUUUAUGUGAUAACCUAUCGAGCACCACAUCAGCCUCACCUACACCAACAACAACUCAUCUGAAUAGUAUCGAUAAUAAACAACCCUUCAAAGAUACUGAUACUCAUCUGUACAAAGAGAACGUCAACUCAUUGCUCUUAUCUAAGAGUGCUUUAUUGGCUGGUCUAGUUGCAUCACAAGCUAUCUCCAACUAUGCUCCAUCAUUGACAACUUCGAACAAUCUUCAAUCGCCCACCGAAUUCAAUUUUAGCAAUUUACCUGCUAUAUCUUUACCGUUGAUUGGAUCAACUACUACAUCGAGCACAUUCCCGCUAUCAAUGAAGAUGUAUAUGACAUAA